CCGCUAAAAAGUCAAGGUGUACGUGUUUGUAGUUGUACAUUGAAAUGGGGAUGUGGAGCGACGUAGGACGCUGAGAUCUUUCAGUCCAGACUGGAGUCCUUCUUCAACUGCGUCAUUUCUCAGCCAAGACUGGAAUAAUCAUGAUGGCUUGCAUUGAAAAUGAUGAUCGUGAGCAACCAAGGGUCGAAAAGGUUGUCAUCGUUCAUGCCGGAGAGGAUCUCAACACCAUCAUACGGCCCCUGGCUGAAACCCUAGAAACCCGCCUCAAGCUGGGUGAACAGGCCGACUACAAGCGCACAUUCAGAGCAGGUACAGACAUAUCACAGUACGUCUUGAAGUGGCUCAAUGAAGAAUCCCUGGAGGAACAUACCAGGCUGGUUGUGGUCAUCAGUGAUACCUUCUUUGCCAAGUGUUCGACAAACCCAAAAGCUUUCCAGCAAAUAAAGAGCAAGCUCUACUCUCAAAACCCCCGUGAAUCCAUGUUUGCAUUGGUCACACCUAGCAAUAUACCGGCACAGUUGGCCGGCCUUCGAUGCAUCAACUUGGGUAUCUACAUCCAAGCCAUUGAGACUGGAAACCUGGCCGAGGCAAUCUACCGGCAAUGGUUUGGUCCCCAGGCAACCCUCUCAUCACAGGCAGAGUCGAAUAUGCAGAGAUCCUUGCUGAUGUCUGCCAGCCCUGAAGAAUAUACCCCUGAUAAAGUCAAGAUCAUCCAUGCAAUGACCAGACCCGAAGAUCGUCAGAGGCACUGGGGGAAAAUUGCCACUGCCAUUGAGACAGUAGCUAAUCCGGAGAACACAACUCAGGCCAGACUGCACUUCAAGCAUCCCAGCAGCGUGGCCCAGACAGUACUUGCAGAUGUGGAAGGUUUCAUGAGGUGUGCAGAAAUAAAAAAAAUCAAUGCCCUGGUGGUAUGGUGCUCCAACAUGCUAGAUUCGCUGAAUCAAGAUCGGUCUGCUAAGGCUAGGGUCAUUGAGAUCCUUUGCAAGGACACCCGACCUCAGAAACUCUACGCCCACUUCCUCUUUGGCGUAGAUGGCCAACAGAUGCAGCGUUUCUCCCAGCAGCUGUGGACAUUCCUGUCCCAAGGCAGGCACAUGGCCUACAUUGAGGACUCCCAUCUGCGUGCGCCCAACGUGGACUAUGACCGAUACGCCCGGAUCUUCCUGAGGAGCUGGGCAGGUAUGUCCAAGUUGGGGCCCGAUUCCCUGGAGCUCAGAAGAAAAAGUUUCACAAGUGAGCCAAAGAACCCAGAGGAGUCUGCAGAUCCAACCAUGAACUGCUCAGAGGAAUUCUCUGUGAACACGUCCGGUUCAACCCAGCACCCGUCUGACCAGUUCCACCCACAGCAGGACCAGGGCAGAGACCACCUGGUCAUGAACGGCACCUCGGUGGACCAUGCCGAGGCCAAUCGCACCAUGCAGCAAGGCAAGGCCCUCCGGUCGGCCGACUCAUCCACCCAGGACCGGCUGCUGACUGCUGAGGAGUCCUGGGACCCGGCCAUUGUUGCUGUAGCCAGCAAGUCACGGGAGUCGCAGUCGGAUGGCUGCUCUGUGCCGCCGGUGAAUCACAGCCUCCGGGGCCAGAGUGGACCGGAUGGGCUGCAGGCCGUAGCCCAGUCGGCCAUGGUCCAGCCAACCGCAGUCCACCAGGCUGUAGUCCAACAGGCUAUGCCAGGAACCCAGGGCCAGAACAAGUUGGCCACAUGCAGCCUGAGUUCUGUGUCUGUGGACAGCGUCCAUGGGUCCAGGCAUCCAGGCGGAAAGGCCAAGCAUGUUCCCAGUGGAGCUGCCAGCAUUUCAGCCCCAGGCCACCAGGGCCCGCCCAGCAGAGUACCUGUUGCACUGCCCUCAAUAGCCGAGAGGGAACAGCCCACAGAGCAGGCCCACCUGCAACCACCAGGCAACGGUGCCAGCAGGAACAAGUUUGCCCUUAGCGGGUUUGACUCCCACGUUGCGGACAGUGAGCGAUCCAGCACCACUGCAGGCCAAGAGCUGAUGAGCCAGACAUCACCAGAAUCUGUUCCCUUUAAUAUCCCAGCUGGGGAGCGGUGUGCCAGUUGCGGUGCUUCGCCCGCACCAUCUGGGCCAGCCUCAGGUCAAGGGGACAAUCACCUGUCCUUGCAGCAGAACCCUGUCCGCCUGACGUCUGACGCUGCUAGAGAGUUGGAUGCACUCUUUGGAAUUACAGACACCUGUAAUCCGCAGAAUUUGCAGUCUGUUGGAAACCAGACCGUGCACGAGCAAGAUAGAGCAUCUCUGACCCGCAAUCCAGAGAGCUUACCAUCUAUUGCAAGCCAUACUGCACGUGAGGAAGAAACAGCAUCUGUUAUGACCACUUCUCGAAGCAUGCCGGAUAUGUGCACCGUGUCCAGCAUGGCAAACUCCACCUUGCGGUCAGUUCUAGAAGGAUCUAACCCAAUGCUGAACGGAGAAAGUAGCGCCUCCUCCCAGCCAGGGAAUAACCCAGAGGCAGCAGGCGGGACCCCCCUGAGCACGCUGGCCAGGCCUACCGUCAAGGGCCUGCUCAUCCGACUGGAUCCCAUGAAGGUGGCCAUAUCAGACUGGCGUGACCUGGCCAGCCACUUCGGGGUGCCCCCUGAGCUCAUCAACUACUGGAAAGGCAUGAUGUCAGGCCAGGGCAACUUCUCCCCGACGGACAGCCUGAUUGAGUGGCUCAAGUCCAAGCCACAGCCUGUCACUGUGGAUGACCUCAAGGCAGCCCUGAGGAAAAUCGAGAGGUUUGACGUCCUCAGGGUUUUGAAUGAGCCGGACAACUAAAACUAAUUUGAUGGACAUUCCUAAAGUCGAUUGAGAUUUCCCACUGCAAUCUGAAGUAAGAUUUGAAGGUUUGCAUUGUAAAGUUGAGUAACAAGACUAAGAUUGUGGUAGCACAAUGCAGCAGUUACUCUUUUGUGAGUGUUGAGGUUUUGAGUUUCCCAUGGGUCAAUGCAGAACCUCACAACUACCCUGAACCGCAAAUGUACACCUGAAACCACUUCUCUUUGACAUGAACUCACUCGGUCGUGUGAAAAAUUAUACUGAUAUUGGAGAAUCAAGGACCGUAGGUCUAAUUUUUUACGAGACGUGUCUCACCCUAUAACCCUUGAGAUCCUUCCGAGGAAUUUUGGAGGAUUUGAAGACUAACAGAAAGGCUGUCGCAUCUGCCAUUAUUUUGCAUGGGGCUUGAUGUCCUUGAUGAUCCUUGAAAGGUUAAGUGUACAGAGAGUGCAUAAUUUGAAAAGGUUCCAAGCAAUAAUGCUUUGAGAGUCGGGAUUGCUACUAAAAGUAAUUUGUUAGAUAUUUAAAGCAUGAGCUAAUGCAUCAAAAACCUAGGCUCCCUUCAUUGCCUGGAGAGGUGCCAAUGAUAGAGUCUCUGUCUUGUGUUCCUGAUUGGUCCAAUCACUUCCCAAUUGGCUGAAACACAGUCACAUGAUGAGCAUGCUGAUAAGCAUGGACAAGUGUUUUUGCCAUCUGAUGGCCCUUGCUGGUCUGAAAAGUAAAAAUGCAAGCUAAAAUGAAACUUAAUAACUGGAUCCCAUAUAAAUGGUUAGGGCUUGACUGUUGUUCCUUUUUCACCGCAGUGUCACAGUUUUAUGACCAGUUGUUUUUAACAAAUUUAUCUGCCUUGUUACUUAAGCUGUGAAAAUUUCUUCCACGGGAUGUCGUGGCAUUCUUCCAGUACCAGCACACUCCAGUGCCCUUCUGGCCAGUAUCGAUCACAAGAGGGCAGUGUUGUGGUCGAGUUCAUCCCAAGUCGUUCACAAGACCAGGCACAAGUCUCUUGAUGAGAUCAGAAAAAAGUAACAGGGGCCGAGUUCGGGCGGCUUGAUCCCGUAUGUUCACGAACAGCUCGAUUUGUUGUUUGUGGGUCGGCCGCUCGAACGCCGGGAACAAACAACCGGUUAUCGCUGGAAGUUAGUGACAUGCAACAUGGCGGCGUCCAUGAAAGCUACAUUAUUCGGGAGUGAACGUUUGGAUGGGCUGAAUUCUUUUCUAUAUAAACAGGAACAUUCAUUUCUGUGUAAAAUAAUUAAUAUUAAUUUUGCAAAACUUCUCAUUGUUUAUGGCUAUGGAAGCCAUCUCUACUUUUUGCAGCUGUUCAAAAAUCAAAAUCUCUCGAGUUUUUUCGUGUAUUCUUGUAAAACCCUGACGAGGUGGUGGUGUGUGAUCCUGUUCCGAGAACAGUGUUCUUGAUUCAUGUUCCCGUCGUUCGAGCCGGAGAACAAGAAACCUGUGUCAAGAACAGGCCACCCGAACUCGACCAGUGUGAAUAACUCUGCACAGUCCAUUGGAAGAGCGUGUGAUUUCACUCGAGACUGGAUAACUUGAGGUCAAAUUGGGGGAACUUGUGAGGACUUGUGAAGGGCUUGCAGGAACGUCUGAGGACUUGUAAAGGACUCGACCUCUCUACCAGAGAGUCCUCUUUCCAUUGUUGCUAUAUGCAUCUGUCGAGUGCACUGAUUCUUACUAAUGCCAGUGCACAAUACAUGUAAUACCCAACUUCCCUCUGGAACAUUGAACUAGUAAAUCCUGGCCAUGUUGUGUUUACUUAUAUAACACUUUUUGCUGUACCCAUGCUCUUCCUGCAGCAGUGCGAUGUUGUUUCAAUCAAACCACUGGUUUUCCGUGCAUUCAUUUUUCUAUAUGUACUGGUUUAUGGAGAUUUCUGUGAAAAGAUAAAAUAAACAUAUAUUGAGAUGCUUAUAAGGCCAGCAAUAUUGUAACUUGAUACUACUACGAGGAACUUAAUUAAUCUAUUAGGAUAUCCUGUCCACUUCACCUGUUUGGAUGCGGCCUAGUGAUUCUAUGAAUUUAGAUUGAAAUUGUACUGUACAUAUCAAAUAUUUUUUACACAGCUUUGGAAGUUAAAAUAUAUGAGCCACGUCGCUAGGCAACUAUCAUUGCCAGUACUUUACACAAAUCUGGAAUAAUGUAUAUUUUGAGAAGCCAUUUCAAGACAGGAUCUCCAAAAUAUGCCUGUUAAAAUCGAAAUUUUAUCCAUGGAAUGGUUAUUCGAUUAUGGUUUUUGCUUGUAAGACCGAAUGCCCUUCAUUGCAUAGUGCAUGUUGUUCAGAGACAUGGGUACAACAGUAUUUUACAGUCCUGCGCUGGAGAUACCUGGGAUGACCUUCCACCUCGUCGGAUCCUGCACCCAGGAUAUUCCAGGCUAUGGACUCAGGUCACCCACUUUUUCUCAAUGGUCCUGAAUGAUGGAGUAGUGAAAGUGCUCACAUCUGGAAGUCAAGAACUCCGGAUCAAACACUUGCCUCUUUCUGUUACGGUCAGUUUGGCCUGUAUGGAAGGUAACAUUGGUGAAAUCUGUGCGAGUGAGAGGGUGUUCUCCAAAUUCCUUGUUUGCCUUGUUGUGGUAUUUUUGUGUAUACAUGUAUACAAAAAAAUACCAAUGCACAUGUAUGCAUUGCCAGAUUGUUUUUUUUUUUUUAAAGGAAAUUAAAUGCGCUGACACUUUGGACACAGUACUCCCAACGUUUUUUUUGUUGGGGGGCAGUACGUGAUGAAAAAAUUGAUCACUUAUUUUUAGGAAUCCCCUGGCUCAAACAUGUCAAAACCUCAAGAAUAAAAAAAAGAGAGCUUUAGAGGGGAACCACAGCAGUGUAGGGCCUAUGGUAUGCAUUUGUUUGCCCGGUGGCAUCCCUCAAAAAUACCCAUUUCUUGCGUUUUACAUGUAUAUCAAUUUAUAAACCAUUUCGUAAACAAAACACUUUGAUGAUAUAAAUAAUUUUUGAAAAAUCCUGAUUGCAGGAAAAUACUGAUAAAGAAACCUGAAAUCAGGAUAAAUCCCAACGAAUCUCACCCGUGGCAUAGAGAGAAGUAUGAGGCUCCACGGCACAAAUGUGAAACUUUUUAUACAACGCCUGAAUAAUAAACUCCCCCAGAAUCAAAUGAUGAGAAUUUGUUCAAAUGUGUAAUUAACAGUUACUGACUGCUGUGAGAUUCCAGGUAUCCUUCAGGGUGCUAAAAUAUCAUAUCCCACGUCACAGCAGUCAAGAAUUGUUUGAUUUACACUUCAGUCAUGGAUACUUUGUAAUAUUCUCCUCACCUGAGGGUCUCCAAUUGAAUUGAAAUGACAAGUAUCUCAGUCCAUGGCUGUACAGAAAGUUGCACGAGGUGUGCAAGCAGAUGAUUAUGCAAUAAAAAGGUGAAGUUGGGCUGUGUAUAAUGUAUUUAUUGUUGUGUAAACUGUAAAAAAGAGAUCCCAGUGCCGGGCUGAGAAUUUGUCUACUUCCCUUUUAUUUCUUGGGAUGUCAGUCCUGCAGCUUUUAUUAUUUGAGAGUUGUUUACAUACUGAUGCGUAACACUCUGCUUAUCCUGGACAGAGAUCGUCACCACAGAAUGACAAUACUGAUGUACAAGUUUGUUUUAAAAACUGUACACAUCCUGUGUAAUUUGUAGAGUGAAAAUUAUCAAUGAAACUGAAUUGCAGGAAAAAGUGGUGCUGUCUCUAGGAAUAUUACUAUGCGAACAACAGAUAGUUUGGGGGUAAUGCUUCAUGUUCAUAGGGAAUUCCAGAUGAAAUCAUGAAAAGAGAAACUGCUAUCAAUGUCCAAUCUUUUAGACAUAAACUCUUUAUUCCUAAUCUUCAUUUCUCCACAGGAAAUGCAGCUGCUGGGCAUACAUUCAUCCAUUAAAAAAUUGUCAUUUUUUUUAUAACUGUAAUGUUAUAUGAAAACUAAUAUUAAAAUGAACUGCAUUUGUUUUAACAACUUC